GUUUCGGGACCAGAACAAACAAUCGAAGGAGAAAAAAAGCUCUGCUUUAGCUUUGACCAUUCCUCUCUCUCUCUCUAACACACACACACUAUCUCUCUCUCUCUCUUGUCCAGAAGCGGAGACCCAGUAAAUUUUUAUUAUCAAGCAUCUCUUUCGCAUCUCUCUCUCUCCACAGGUAUCAGGAGGAGGCUAUGUGAGGUGAUCCUUUUCAACAGUGCUCUUUUUCACUCUAAAAAGCAUAGCUUGAAGCUGGGUUCAGAAUAUUUGAGAUUUAGAUUGAUCUAUAUUGUGAUUGUAGAAAGCUAUAAUGAAACUGCAUUUGAGGUAGAGGAGAUUAUAUGCUGCAUUGUUGAUGGAUGCAAUAUGGUUAAGAGAAUGGGAGCUGAGCAAUGGAUUUUUUUAAUCUGUUCUGUAUGAAUUGUCUUUGUUUCCUCUGAUGGCCUCAAAAACUGUUGCCAGGCCUUCCCCAGAACAGCGGCAAAAAGGUGUUAGUGACUGUCGAAUAGUAGAGGCAGAUAGUCAGGGGCCUUUGCCUUCACUGGUCUCAAAGACAGGCAAACCCAAGCUGGUUGCUCCUGAACAACUAAUAGAAUCUGGACAUAUUACAACAAAGCAGGUCACUGUAGAAGCCUUGGGUAGUAAAAGAUCGCCAAAUUCUAAUAAGAAAGGGCCUAUCGAUUCAUUAACUAGUAAAUUUGAUCCAAAUAUUUCAUCACCUGGUGUUGAACAAGUGUCAACAGUAGUAAGUACUGCAAUAAAUGACACUAGAAGCUCGUUGGAAGUAUCUGUUGAUCAAGAAAAAAAAACAUCUGGGACCCAUGGAAGCGUGAAGAAUAGUUCUGUUUCUGCCAAAGUUAGUGAUGGGACCAGUAGUCUUCCAAAAACCAGUGGAAGUGCCAAGAUUAGUGAUCGUGCUGAUUUUGUUGAGAGUGGGAAGAGCAGCUUGUAUAGAGGCAGCACAAGCAGUGAUGUGAGUGAUGAGAGCAGUUGUAGCAGCUUUAGUAGCACUAUUAAUAAGCCCCAUAAAGCAAAUGAUUUGGGAUGGGAAGCCAUCCAAGCUGUACGAGCAAGAGAUGGGGUCUUGGGUUUGAGCCAUUUUAGACUGCUGAAGAGAUUGGGCUGUGGUGAUAUUGGGAGCGUCUACUUGGCAGAGUUGAACGGAACGAAGUGUUAUUUUGCAAUGAAAGUUAUGGACAAAGCGGCUCUAGCAAGUCGUAAGAAGCUUCUUCGAGCUCAGACAGAGAGAGAGAUACUGCAGUCUCUGGACCACCCGUUCCUUCCAACUCUAUACACCCACUUCGAGACGGAAAAAUUUUCGUGUUUGGUGAUGGAGUUCUGCCCAGGAGGAGACUUGCACACUCUUAGGCAGAGGCAGCCAGGGAAACAUUUUUCUGAGCAGGCAGUAAAAUUUUAUGUAUCAGAGGUCCUCCUAGCUCUGGAAUAUCUCCACAUGCUUGGGAUCGUUUAUCGUGACCUUAAGCCAGAAAAUGUCCUUGUGAGGGAAGAUGGACACAUAAUGCUCUCCGACUUCGACCUUUCCCUUCGGUGUGUGGUUAGCCCGACUCUGGUGAAGACAUCAUCUCUUGAGUCAGAACCUCUUCGAAAGAACCCAGUUUAUUGUGUCCAACCUGCUUGCAUUGAACCUUCCUGCAUUCAGCCGUCCUGUGUAGUACCCACAACUUGCUUCUCUCCCCGUUUCUUCUCUAGCAAGUCCAAGAAGGAGAGGAAGCCAAAAAACGAAGUCGGGAACCAAGUUAGCCCAUUACCUGAGCUCAUGGCUGAGCCAACCAGCGCUCGGUCUAUGUCAUUUGUUGGGACCCAUGAGUACUUGGCACCUGAAAUUAUCAAAGGUGAAGGACAUGGGAGCGCUGUGGAUUGGUGGACUUUUGGGAUUUUCCUAUAUGAACUAUUAUUUGGUAAAACUCCAUUUAAGGGAUCUGGUAAUCGAGCCACAUUGUUCAAUGUUGUUGGGCAGCCUCUUCGAUUUCCCGAGUCUCCUGUUGUCAGUUUUUCUUCUAGGGAUCUGAUAAGGGGGUUGCUUGUAAAAGAACCACAGCACAGAUUGGCAUAUAAAAGAGGGGCAACUGAGAUUAAGCAACACGCUUUUUUUGAAGGCGUGAAUUGGGCAUUGAUACGCUGUGCUACCCCUCCAGAGAUUCCCAAGCCCGUUGAGUUUGACAGAAUACCAGCACCAGUGGCAUCAACAAGUGAAAAGACUGCUGUUGCUGCAGCUGCUCCUGAUCAAAAGAAUGCCGAUAAUUACCUGGAGUUUGAUUUCUUCUAGUUAUUACUAGUACUUGACUGCAAGUUGUUUUUAUUAAAGGAAACAAUUAUUCUGGAUGUUCAGGGAUUGUUAGUGGUGAGGAUGGAGUGUUCUUAUUGAUGGAUGAUGAGAACAGUAUGUUGUUACUGCCUGUAAAAGUUUCAGAUCUUUAUUGCAUAAUUAUUGCUUAAACUUCAA